UUGAAAAAGAAGAUGAAUUCUAUCAGCGAAGAAUCAGAAUCGGACGAUCAAUCAGUUACGAACUCUGACGACGAGCUUCGGAAACAGUUUGCAAGUGGUGUACUGAAACCGGGCUUGAAUAUCGCAGGCUUUUCAGCCACGCAUGCCAAGAAGAUAUGUAUAAACAACAUAGGGGCAAUGCAAGAGAAACUGACUGCACUAACAUCACCUGUUUCUUGGCUGGAACGGCUGGAUGUUGCCUCAGAGUGCCACAUUGAGCAGUCAGCUCAAGAGGAGAAUUCUAAGAAAGUUUCACAGAUUCAUGACGAUUUUAAUAGAGAAAUGGCUUUCUAUAAACAAGCAUUGGCUGCAGUUCAAGUAGCACUGCCACAGCUUCAUGAUCUAGAUGUGACAACACAACGACCUGGUGAUUACUUUGCGGAAAUGGUCAAAUCUGAUGAUCACAUGAAGAAGGUGAGAGAAAAGCUGCUUGUUAAAGAGAAGGCGAUUGAGAGAUCAGAAAAAGCGAGGAAACUCAGGGAAAUCCGAAAGUAUGGGAAGAAGGUGCAACGACAAGUUUUGGAACAAAGGCAGAAAGAAAAGAAAGAGGCAAUUCAAGCAGUAAAAAAGUACAGAAAAGGCCAUCAACAGAAGCCAGAAUUUUUGAAGAAUGAUAGUGAUGAAUUUGGAGUUACUGCAACCACGACCAACCAGGCUGGAGACAAACAGAAAUUUAGAAAAUCAAACAAAAGGAAAUUGAAGGACAAGAAAUUUGGACUUGGUGGUAAAAAACGUGGAGUGAAGCGAAACUCUGCAGUGUCUUCUGCUGACAUGUCAGGCUUCAAGUCUGCAAAGCACAGUGUACCAUCAAGAAAAGCGAGAAAGGCUCUUACUUCGAAGCCUAAGCGACCAGGCAAGUCACGUCGAGCCAGGCAAAGACAGAAAUAGCUUUCACUAGUGUGAGCCAUGUACUUGCAGUUAUUAAGUCAAUCUUAUAAUGAAAGAUUUGUAACUACUUCAGUCUUUUUGCGAACUGAGAAAACAAAUUACA